CACCUCUGCCUCUUCUCACGAGCAACGGCUCUUCCUAACAGCUCACUGAAACAUCUCCACUGAUCCCACCUCCUCUUUUUUUCUUUUCUUUUACACACCCAUCAGCUGACUUCUAAAUGGGAAAGGGAGGGAAGCAAAAACACGAUGUUCGCCUUUAGUGUGAGGCAGAGCUGGGCAGACUGUGGGAGUGACUGGGAGAGUGAGGGAGGGAAGUUACAGUGCCUGUUAUUGCUCUUUGCCAUUCCCUUCAUGAUCUGAAAACAACAGAGAGGGAGAGAGCGGGAUUGUGGAGCUUGGGAUGGAUCUUGGUUCCAAGUUGUAGGAGAAUCUAUAAGUGAAGCACAAUUAAAAGGAUAUAAAAUUGGUCUUUUGUUGAAGGAUAACUCAGAACUGGGGAUCCAACACCAGCAGGGAAGAUGAGGUCUAAAAGCAAUGGGGUGGAAAGCCCAACCGAAGGGGUCCUUGGUGUUCCACCAGAUGAUCAUGAAAUCAACGAGGAACUGGAUGUGGGUCUCCCUGUGAAGAGCCUGAAGGUCAAAGUUCAACAGAAGGAAAGUGCGGAGGAGGUCGAAGUGAUCUCUGAAAAAGAAAAGCUGUUGACAAAUCCAACAGAGAUUGGAAACAAUACAGGGAACAUCAAGGACCUAUCCAAACUGGAUCUGCUAAAACUGCUGGGAAUCAUGGAGGGAGAAGUUCAGGCGAGGGAAGAUGUAAUCUACAUGCUAAAAUCCCAACAGACAAGUCCAGAAAGACUUGAGUCACAGUAUGGAUGUGCAGUCCCUGCCUCAGUCCUCAAAGCCCUACAGAGGGAUAGCUUCAUCACUGGGAAAAAGCCGGAUGAUCACGUCUAUCAAAAGCCCAUGGCAGAGCUGAAACGUCUGCAGGAGAAGCACAAGGACACCUACCGGCGGAUGCUGGGUCAGCUGUUGCUGGCUGAAAAAUGCCACCGCCGCACUGUUCAUGAGCUGGAAGGGGAGAAACGUAAACACGCUGACUACAUGAAUAAGAGCGAUGACUUCACAAACCUCCUGGAGCAGGAAAGAGAACGGCUGAAGAAGUUGCUUGAGCACGAAAAAGCCUAUCAAGCACGCAAAGAGAAAGAGCACUCAAAACGACUGUCCAAGGUGCGAGAGGAGCUGGUGAAACUGAAGUCAUUUGCGUUGAUGCUGGUCAAUGAGCGCCAGCAGCACUUGGAGCAAAUGGACCAGCAGAGUCAGAGGGUCCAAGAGAUGACCCUCCAGCUCCAGCAGCAGGACCAAGCCCUGAAUGAAGCCAAGGAGCGUGCUCAGGAGGAUGUUUACAGGAUACAGAGCCUGGAGGCAGAGCUAAAGGAGAAAUCCUGCAAGAUCACCCAACAGCAUGAAGAAAUGAGUACCAAGCUGUCUAUUCAGGAGCUUCUAAAUCGCCAGCUUAACACCAAAAUUUUGGAGCUAACUCAUAAAAUUAAGGAGUUAGAGGAUAGCAACAAUGCCUUGAGAAAAUCUGAGGAGGAAAUGCAGGCGUUAAGGGAGAGCAUCAGCACAGGGGAGUAUGGCAGCUCUAACUUGAUUGCUGAGAUAGAGAACCUGCGUAAACGUUUAGUUGAGAUGGAAGGAAAAGAUGAAGAAAUUACCAAGACAGAGAAUCAAUGUAAGGAGCUAUGGAAGAGGCUAGAAGAGGAGAAUGGUAAGAGUAAAGACCUUCGGCUGGAAGUAGAGAGGCUCCAAAGUAGAAUGAUGGAUCUGGAAAAACUGGAGGAAGCAUUCAGCGUUAGCAAAGCUGAGUGUGCACAGAUACAAACUGCUUUAGAAAGGGAGAAAAGCCUUGCCAAAGAACUUUCAGAUGAAGUUGUAACUCUCAGGAUUAGAAUGAAAGAGCUUGAGUCCUCAGAACUCAAAUUAGAGAAGUGUGAGUUGACCCUUAAGGACGAUCUGCGGAAGCUUAAGUCCCUGACAGCUGCACUAAUGGAUGAACGAAAUGCUCUGAUGGAAACAGUAAAGUCAGAGCAGAAGAAAAGGGAGGAGUUGAGCAAGAUUGUUAAACUUGAGCAGGAACAGGUAACGGAAGUGACUGAGAAGCUGAUAGAAGAGAGCAAAAAGCUUCUGAAACUAAAAUCUGAGAUGGAAACCAAAGUCGAGACUUUAACCAAAGAAAAAGAGGCCCUCAGUUCUAAGCUAGCAUGUCAAACUGACCAAAAUGAGGAUCUUAAUUUUAAGAUCAGCCAAAUGAAAAAGAAGAUAGACACAUUUGAACAAGCAGAAAAGCUAUCGGUGAGGAGUUCAAUUAUGUGUGAUCUAGGAAAAAUCAUUGAUCCUGAAGGGAAAGAGAACAACAAAGUUCAAGAGCUAACGUUCGAAAUAGAGAGCCUAAAAAACCGUCUCAAACAACUGGAGGUAGUUGAGGGAGACUUAAUUAAGACGGAGGAUCAGUGUGAUAUUUUGGAGAAAAGAUUCAUGACUGAACAAGAAAAGGCAAAUGUUCUUUCCCAGCAAGUGGAAGAAAUGAAGAAUCAGAUAGCAAGGAACAAAGCAAUUGAAAAAGGGGAAGAAGAAAGCCGAGAGGAAGACCUCCGGCAGAGACUCAAAAGAGAGGAGGUCAUAAACAGAGAACUACAAGCUGAUGUGAUAGCUCUCAAGGAGAAGGUCCAUGAACUGAUGCAAAAAGAAGACCAACUUUCUCAACUUCAAGUAGACUACUCUGUAUUACAACAGAGAUUCUUGGAGGAGGAAGAGAAGGCCAAGAACAUGGGCAUGGAGGUAUUCCAUCUCACCAAAGAGCUAGAGUUAGCCAAGCGCCAAAGCAGAGCACUCCGACCCAGCUUGAAUGGAAGGAGAAUAGUGGAUAUGGCUAUCACAUCCACUGCAGUACAAACCGAGCCAUUGUCUACAGGGCCAACAGAAGAAGAUACACCAGCUAUGUUUAUCAGGAAGUCUGUUCAAGAAGAGAAUCACAUAAUGAAUAACAUCCGACAGAAAUGUCUGAAAAAGCCUGAAAAGGGCAAUGCAGUUGAGCGUUGCCCUUCAUCUAGCAGUGAUUUAAGUAUUAAAAAGUCCUGGAUUCCUUGGAUGAGAAAAAAGGACAAUGCUGCCCAAGAGACCAACUUUGAAAAGCACCUCCACAUCAGUGGGGAGCAGGUUUCCUCUAAAUUAUCUGUGCCUCAAAACCAGGGACAGCCUUUACACAUCAGGGUAACACCCGAUCACCACAACAACAUGGCCACACUGGAAAUCAGCAGCCCAACCUCUGAUCAAGAUUUUCAAAAUACAGCUCCCCUUAGUCCUAACCCAUCUCAACCAAAAUCCAGAAUUACAAUCAUUCCCACCUACUCAAUUCCAUCAACACGGAGAAAGACUCCCACAGGACCCCAAGGUCCCUCAAGAGCCAAAUCCCCAGUCACCACCACAACGAUAUCUAGGGCCAAAUCUCCAGUAACUAGUCGCACCUCCUCUACCUCAGUAAGACCUCUUUCCCCUCUUUCAGUUAUGACUGUGAGUACCGCUGUAGUGCCUGAAGCGUCUGCCUCCCCAGAGCCGCAGGAGAUGACCAUGGGCCGGGCUGUGUUCAAGGUUACCCCCGAGAAACAGAUGGUCCCAGUUCCAGUCCGAAAGGGACAAAACAGUGCAAGCGUCAUCACCUCUGCAGAUGAUAACAAGAUCCACAUUCACCUAGGCAACAGCAUUCCCCCAAAGAUGGUGGUCAGACCAGUAGCUAAUGUGACCGAAAACAAAGAAGUGACCCUGUCAACUGGGACAGUUUUGCGUUCACCUCGCCAGAUCACCACUGCUACCAGGAACGUGCAGAGUAAAGUGACAAGCAGUAUUACAAUAUCCAAUGUGACAUCAACUACAUCGAGACCUCUCCAAAGCACGAUCGGGCAUGAUGUGCAGCCACCUCGCACGGGGCUUACUCGCAUCCCAAUGUCCAAAAGCCUCAAGACAGGGAAGGCUUCACUGGGAUCCACCAGCGUAUCGAGUGGAAUGAAGCUCGAGUCUCGGACAGAGAGUCAGUCUAUGAGAGUAGAACUCAAGAAAUCCUCUCUAAAUGGAAAUGCAUUACAAAAUGGAGGGAUAUUGUGAAAAUAUAAUGGCACGGUUUUACUUGUAUGGUGAUGAGUAAGUCAUAUAAAUACAGUAUACCUAAUUUCCCUUUACAAGUCUGCUAGAAAUGUAUGCAACACAAAAAGUUUUAUCCAUUAUUAAAUCUUUUUUUAUUGUCUUGUUCUCAUUUCUUCCUUUAAGAUUGUAAAACUGACAUGUAAAAAUAAAUGUUAUAUAUGA